AUGUCACUUGAAAAACUGUGUGUUGUAUCUGUUCCAAGUAGCCAGUCUUUCUUCCACAGUGAACUGGAGCGUCUGAGCAACCUAGUUGGUAAACCAUCUGAGAACCAUCCCCUGCACAAUAGUGGACUGUUGAGCCUAGAUCCUGUUCAGGACAAAACACCUCUUUACAGCCAACUUCUUCAGGCUUACAAAUGGUCAAAUAAG